UCAGCUCGUGUUUGAGGUCCAUGCUCGUGGAUUGGUUUUAAAGGGGGUCGGGGUUUUUGUCUCCUUCGGGGGGUUUGCACGGAGGCUGGAGGAGCCGCAGUGCAGCAGCAGCAGCCUCGGUGUGUUCUGGGUCGAGCCUCGCUGUGGUUAAAUGAAAUCCUCCAACCAUCCAGACACUUAUUAAUUAACGUAUCAGAGCUUUGUUAUUUGUGUAAUCCAACCUGCGGUGUUGCAUUUAACCCUUUAUCUCUGCUGCUCUGACCUCUUGCCAUGUUCAAACCCUGCAGCCUGUUCACAGCCACGCUCUUUGUUUUCCUCAGCCAGCCUGGGUUAUAAACGUGGGAAGUGUGUCUCUCUCCUUUUGGCAGCGUUCAGUUCCCUGUGUUUGGCCGAUGAUUGCUGCUGCUCUACAGCAUGACCACAGCACUGUUGGCUCAUCUGGUAGUUCUGGCAAAUGAAAAUGGAGGAGGUUUCAAUGUCCAGCCUGGACAACAGCAAGCUGGAGGGCCUAGCUCAGGACAUCCUGUCUGACCUGGUGGAGGAUGCAUGCCUGGGUCUUUGCUUCGAGGUCCACCGGGCCGUCAAGCAGGGCUAUUUUUUCCUGGAUGACACGGACCAAGAAAGCAUGAGGGACUUUGAAAUUGUGGACCAGCCAGGGCUGGAUGUGUUUGGCCAGGUGUACAACCAGUGGAAAAACAAGGAGUGUGUGUGUCCCAACUGCAGCCGAAGCAUCGCUGCCUCGCGCUUCGCCCCGCACCUGGAGAAAUGCCUCGGGAUGGGACGCAACAGCAGCCGCAUAGCCAACCGCAGAAUAGUCACCGGUAACAACACCAACAACAAGUCAGAGAGCGACCAAGAGGAUAACGACGACGUCAAUGAUAAUGACUGGUCUUACGGGGCAGAAAAGAAAGCCAAGAAAAGGAAAUCUGAUAAGAAUCCAAACUCUCCCAGAAGAUCCAAAUCAUUCAAACAUAAGAACAGCAUGAUGGGUCCUAGACGUCGCAUGGACAACCAGGAAAGCCCGCGCAUGCUGAUGAAAGACGAGGCAUUCCCUCAAUAACACACUCAGCAAACAAACACACAUUCUCUCACCGUCGCGUGUGUGUGCGCACAACACACGGGAAGACCAAUAACACUUCACCCUCGGUUCUUUAUGUUGUGAAAUCAAUGGACGUCAAUGUUAAAGGUGACAUGUAUGGCGUUUGCUGCUCUGCAGAAGCAGUCCAGACCUCCCACUGUAUACUUGACAGAUUUUUUUUGUUUGUCUGUUUUUUUUGUCCACAAAAUCAUUGUACCAACACUCUUAUUUUUUCUUUUCUUUUUUUGUGUAGUCAGUUUUUAUUUCAGAAGUUUUUGCUGGAGUCCAAAAUAAUGAAUAUCAUCAUAUAUGAUUUUACUGCACAGAUUUCUGUUGUAAUUCAUUCAGCUGCCAAGUGGAGGCAGCUGUGUGGAGAGUGAAAGUGUGCACACACAGUAUGUUGUUUCUUUCAAAUGCAGAAGUGAUUAGCCAUUACGUGUACUCAUAUCUCCUCACCUUUUUAAUAUCUCAUUCUUUGAAAAAAAAAACAAUGUCAAAGACAAUCCUUACUAAUGGUUUGUCUUUUUUAUUUUCACAUUCACUGUCAGGCUCAUAGUUCUCCUGUUGAAUCACAUUAAACUGUGUGUGUGAGUGUGUGUGAGAGAGAGAGUG